AUGUCAGCUACGGAGGUGAAGCUCUUCGGAAAGUGGACCUAUGAGGAUGUGAUGCUGUCGGACCUCAGCUUGGUGGACUACAUUGCAGUCAGCAAGACGGCCCACCUGUUCCUGCCCCACACGCAGGGUCGCUACCAGAUGCGACGCUUCCGCAAGGCUUUGUGCCCCAUUGUGGAGCGGCUGGCAUGCUCCAUGAUGAUGCACGGCCGCAACAACGGCAAGAAGUUGAUGGCGGUGCGCAUUGUGAAGCAUGCCUUCGAGAUCAUCCACCUGCUCACCGACAAGAACCCCAUCCAGGUCUUCGUGGAUGCAGUCAAGAAUGGAGGCCCUCGUGAAGAUUCCACGCGCGUUGGAUCCGCAGGUGUCGUUCGACGUCAGGCGGUGGACGUGUCCCCGCUGCGUCGCGUGAACCAGGCCAUCUACCUGAUUUGCACUGGUGCCCGCAACAGUGCCUUCCGCAACAUCAAGUCCAUCUCUGAGUGCCUGGCUGAUGAGAUCAUGAACUGCGCCAAGGAGUCCUCCAACAGCUAUGCCAUCAAGAAGAAGGACGAGAUUGAGCGCGUGGCAAAGGUGAAGCUGUUCGGCAAGUGGAGGACCUAUGAGGAUGUGAUGCUGUCGGACCUCAGCUUGGUGGACUACAUUGCAGUGAACAAGACCGCCCACCUGUUCCUGCCCCACACGCAGGGCCGCUACCAGAUGCGACGCUUCCGCAAGGCUUUGUGCCCCAUUGUGGAGCGGCUGGCAUGCUCCAUGAUGAUGCACGGCCGCAACAACGGCAAGAAGUUGAUGGCGGUGCGCAUUGUGAAGCAUGCCUUCGAGAUCAUCCACCUGCUCACCGACAAGAACCCCAUCCAGGUCUUCGUGGAUGCAGUCAAGAAUGGAGGCCCUCGUGAGGAUUCCACGCGCGUUGGAUCCGCAGGUGUCGUUCGACGUCAGGCGGUGGACGUGUCCCCGCUGCGUCGCGUGAACCAGGCCAUCUACCUGAUUUGCACUGGUGCCCGCAACAGUGCCUUCCGCAACAUCAAGUCCAUCUCUGAGUGCCUGGCUGAUGAGAUCAUGAACUGCGCCAAGGAGUCCUCCAACAGCUAUGCCAUCAAGAAGAAGGACGAGAUUGAGCGCGUGGCAAAGGCCAACCGAUAG